AAUUAAAUCCGCAUCAGAGAGUUUACAUCAUAGUAGAAAUACUAGUGCAAUUAAUCCACUCGAUCCAAAUUUACAUGUAAACACGCAACAGUCUCAUUCAACUACAUCAAGAAAUCCUUUAUCCACUCUUAAUUCUAAUGAAGUAUAUGCCAAUGAUGAACUUGAUGCUGAAGUCACAAACAAAAAUGAUAGUAAACGAAAUAUAUAUAUGGAAAAUGUGGUCUGGUCAUAUCGUCAGGAAAUGUACCAAGCAGCAAAGCAACUUUAUAGUUUCUGCUUAACUUUGUUGGUUAUGUUUGUUAAACAAAUAUUAUUUGAAUAA